GAGAGAAAUUAUAGAGACUUGAGAGAAAAAUAUAUGUAUAUAUAUAUAGUUGUAACAACCAUUAGGUAAACCAUUCUAAAAAACCCAACAAGGAAUUUCUCUGCGGUCUUUUUCUUUCUUAAAUACACACCAAUUAACAUAGUGGUCUCAGAAUGCUUAUGAUUGAUCUCCCUCAUCAGUUGUUUAGCAUUGAAUAUAACUAACCUCUAAAACCAAAGUCACCAAAAACAGGACAAGCUUUUCAAGCCUAAGCAAAACAACUAAGUGCAGAGAUGAGAUUUUUCAUCUCAGCUAUCUUCUUUCUAGUCAUAUUUUCUUCUGCAGCUGCAUACGAUCCUCUAGAUCCAAAUGGUAACAUAACAAUUAAAUGGGAUAUCAUGUCUUGGACGGCAGAUGGCUAUGUGGCAUCUGUGACAAUGAACAACUUCCAAAUGUACCGACAUAUCAUGACCCCUGGAUGGACCUUAGGCUGGACGUGGGCUAAAAAGGAAGUGAUAUGGUCCAUAGUUGGGGCGCAAACAACCGAACAAGGAGACUGCUCGAAGUUCAAAGGCAACGUACCUCAUUGCUGUAAAAAAGACCCCAUAGUUGUGGACUUGUUGCCUGGAGUACCUUACAACCAGCAAUUUUCAAACUGUUGCAAAGGCGGUGUUUUGUCUUCAUGGGGUCAAGACCCUUUAUCCUCUGUCUCAGCCUUCCAAGUCAGUGUUGGCUUAGCUGGAACUACCAACAAGACUGUGAAGCUCCCCAAGAACUUCACUCUGCUCGGUCCAGGACCUGGCUACACCUGUGGCAGAGCCAAAAUUGUGCCUCCAACCACUUACUUGACUCCAGAUCGCCGUAGAAAAACUCAAGCUCUGAUGACAUGGAACGUUACAUGCACUUAUUCACAGAUUCUAGCCAGGAAAAAUCCCAGCUGCUGUGUCUCUCUGUCAUCAUUUUACAAUGAUACAAUCACUUCUUGUCCCAAUUGUGCCUGUGGUUGCCAGGACAAGGGAAAUUGCGUCAAAGCUGGGUCAAAACUUCUCCAGAAAUCUGGAAUAAACACUCCAAGGAAAAGCAAUGCUCCAUUACUGCAGUGCACACACCAUAUGUGCCCCAUUAGAGUUCACUGGCAUGUGAAACAAAACUACAAGGAGUAUUGGCGUGUGAAGCUUGCUGUUACAAACUUCAACUAUCGCUUGAAUUACACCCUUUGGACUCUGGCCAUCCAACAUCCUAAUCUCAACAAUGUCACCCAAGUCUUCAGUUUUGAUUACAAACCACUUGUCCCCUAUGGAUCCAUAAAUGACACUGGUAUGUUCUAUGGCUUAAAAUUCUACAAUGAUCUGUUGAUGGAAGCCGGGCCAUCUGGGAAUGUUCAGUCUGAAGUGCUUCUUCAGAAAGAUCAGAACACUUUCACUUUCAAGAAUGGAUGGGCAUUUCCUAGAAAGGUCUACUUUAAUGGUGAAGAAUGCUUGAUGCCUCCACCUGAUUCAUAUCCAUUUAUGCCCAACUCUGCUCGUCAGAACACGAUCGCCUUCUCAUCACUGAUUUCUUCUUUGAUUUUGUUGUUGAUAGUUAUUCAGUGAUUGGUUACCUACAAUUUUUCAAUUCUUCAUAUGUGCUUUACAAAAUUUUGAAAAACUGAGCACGAGGAUAUAUACUUAUACAUGUUGAAGAAAAAGAAUCCUUAUUUUUGCCUGUGGAAA